AUGAUUGAACCACUUGUAGUUGGAAGAGUGAUAGGAGAGGUGGUGGACACAUUCACACCAAGUGUGAAGAUGAGUGUAACCUACAAUCUUAAUAAGACAGUCUCUAAUGGCCAUGAGCUCAUGCCUAAUCUCAUUACUUCUAAUCCUCGUGUGAAUAUCGGUGGUGAAGACAUGCGAUCUGCUUAUACUCUUAUCAUGACCGAUCCAGAUGUUCCAGGCCCAAGUGAUCCUUACCUAAGAGAACAUCUUCACUGGAUAGUCACGGACAUUCCUGGUACCACUGAUGCUUCCUUCGGAAGGGAGAUUGUGAGCUAUGAGACACCAAAGCCAGUGAUAGGGAUUCACCGAUUUGUGUUCUUACUGUUCAAGCAGAAAGCAAGGAAGUCGGUGACCCCACCAGCUUCUAGAGACCAUUUCAACACUCGUACCUUCUGUCAAGAACAUGGGUUAGGGUUACCAGUUGCUGCCGUAUAUUUCAAUGCUCAAAGAGAAAAUGCCGCCCGUAGAAGAUAAUUACACAUACAAUAAUACAUAUAUAUGUGUAAUGC